CCAGAAUCUACUGGAUAUGGUAUAAAUUGACCGCCUCCAGAGACCUGCGCGUAGGAAAUUGUUCAUAAUUUUAUUUUGUGAAAAAUAUCUAAUAGAUGAAUGUGAUCAUGGAUUUUGGGAAAUAUGUCUGUAUUUUCCUUUUUUUCCUGAAGAAAAUACAUGGAGUGACAUUCCAGGCAGUUGGUGCAGCUCUUCCAGUUGACACUCAGGAAUUUUCUAUUGAAUGUUCUGGAGAGAGUGGUAUUGGAGUAACUUUUUUUAAAGAGACUGCAAAUUUGGGAACAUGCGUACCCACUCCAUCACCAGAUUGUCUUCUUAAUACUGGCUACAGUUUUUCAAUAGAUGGUUCAAAUUAUAUAUUUAAAAUCAACACUGUUAGUGGCAGUAGCUGUGGUUCAUACAAGUGCAAAGACACUGGAAAUUCACAGGAGGACAUUUACGAGCUGACUUACAACAAAUUUAGUUCAGCUAAUACAUCAGUUGCACCACUACAACCAACAGCAGGUGAAAGUGGAGCUUUGAACAUAACCACUGACUGUCUGUUUCCAGCAUCAGAUGAGAGUAUAACUGUCAACUGGUACAAGACUUACCAGGAUGGAAAAGUAGAUGAAGCCCUGGACUCUAGAUUUGAAAUCUACAAUGAGACACAAAGAUCUACAUGUGCAGAUACAUGUGGCACUGACACUGAUGCCAAGAUGGUCAUUGGUUGUAGAUACACCCCUCCUUCCAAUCCUGGAACUGGGUUUCAGAUUAAAGUGGAAGUUAUCCAUAAGGCCUACACUGACAAGUUAUCCUUCACAUUUGACGGCACCUAUUAUGAUGAAGAACCCAAAAAAAAGGCCAGCAGUGCUCCACCAAUAGUUGAGAGGACUACCAUUGUGACUGCCCUUUUAUCUGGUUAUUUGGGAUGGAGGCUGUGCUGAAAAACCUGGGUCAACCACUACAGCUGCUGCUAGUACCAGAACUAGCACUACUACCAGAAAUCUUACUACCACUACUACCACUACUACCACUACUACCACUACUACCAUUACUACCAUUACUACCAUUACUUACCCACCCACUACUUCAAGUACCACUACUACAUUUACUGCAAGUACCACUUCUACCACUACUAGUACCAUUACUACCCCACCCACUACUUCAAGUACCACUAUUACAACUAUUGCAAGUACCACUACUUCAAGUCAAGUACUACAACAUCUGCUUCUUCUACUUUAACAACGGCAUCCAGAGAUGAGGAACUUUCUUCAACACAACCUCCCUCCUCUACAAGUAAUGACAAUGAAAUAAGUGAAAGGACAAUCAUAAUUGUGGUAUUCUCAACAGUUGGUGGAGUUGUAUUGUGUAGUCUCCUCGCAUUAUUAUUAGAACUGUUUCUUUACAAACAAAGGAAAUUUGGAACAGCUACCCACAAGCAAGGCCACAAGAAAAAAUCUUCACGACAAGCACCUAGUAGCUCAUAUUUCUAUCGGGGACCUCAGGGUCAUAAAACCUAUUUUAUGUAUCUGAGCUAUGACAGGAACAGGAAUAUGGCACCCAGAAACCAUCAUUCUACAGAUAGAGAUAACAACUAGACCAGUUGCCCACAGGCAAGAUGGCAUGACAAACCAUAAAUCAGCUUACAAUAACUCCAAUUAUACUGUGUAUCCUACUAGGUCCUAUCCUAGUAAUCCACAAGGGUGCAGGUCAGGUAGAUUCAUACCUAAUGAGUACCACAUGAAUGAGCAAAGGCUAAGGCCUGCAACUUCUAGUAGAGUUCACUUGGCCACAUAUUACCCAUCUGGAACAUCUGACAAUGAUAAUCGUUCUAAGAAAUAUAUGUAUUGAAAACAAUGAAAAUGGUUAAAAAUCUAAAUAGAUAAAAAGUAAAUUUCUUACUUGAGUUAUGGCACCACAAAUACUAAUAAUUUCUACUGUUUGCAGAUAGAAUUAUGUGAUAGUGUGAACUAAACUGCUAUCAAUGAUAUUGCCUGCUAAACAACAGGGUUCGAAUUUAACUUUGAGGAGCACACCAAAAUUUUGCGAGUCCUUUUUAGGCUACUCGCAAAAUAAAAAAACAACUUGCAAUUUUAUUAUUUGCUUUAUUCCCUUAUAGAAUUGUCUAAUUAAAAUAGAAAUUUAUACCUAAGACAUAUUAUGAAUAUUAAAAAGUAUCAAUCUUUAGUGACUCGACUACUAGAACUUUUUGAUGGGUUAUUCUUUUGGUGGGGUACAGAAAAACUCAGAUCAGAUGCUAGACGCUUUUUAAUAACAAAGCUUUCAAAUAAUAUGACUUUUUUCACUUUGUAUAUUUACCCUCGUCAUCGGGUAAUACCCAUUCGGCAAGCACGCUACAGAUUUCAUUAAGUCUAUAAGUAUAAAAAAAAACAAUACCAUUGUGUCACAGGGUGAGAAAAGUGUGCAGCCAGACCGGGGCUCGAACCCGGGACCCCUCGCUAUCAGGGCGAGUGCUCUACCGACUGAGCUACCGGACCGCUUACACACCUCCUCACCACAUGUGUAGGUAUCGGUACCGUGACAUACUUCCCCGCAAACUGGAAAUUCGUCCUCGAAUUUGAGGAACACCAGUGCUAAGGAAUGCACAUAAUUAACACUGAGAGCGCAUUAUGCUGCCAAACAGUGCUGCCACGGUCCCUCGUUGGGCGCCAAAUGUCACAGGGUGAGAAAAGUGUGCAGCCAGACCGGGGCUCGAACCCGGGACCCCUCACUAUCAGGGCGAGUGCUCUACCGACUGAGCUACCGGACCGCUUACACACCUCCUCACCACAUGUGUAGGUAUCGGUACCGUGACAAUUGUAAAUUUAAAAUAAAUAAUAGCAACAGUAAAUGUAGCGUGGUUGCUUUGGACCAUGAAAUAUAUAUGGAUCAACAAAGUCUAUUCACUUUCACAAUUGGGCGGAAAUAUAUUCAAAGGUUGAUGGGGUUAACAUAUAGUGCGCAAAAGAGCUAAAUUUAGCCAAUGAUUGAGCUAGGUGAUUACGUCAGUUGUAUUCAUUUUGUAUUAUGCAUACCUCGAAGCAUCCUGGAAAGAUAAAACUCGGCCUUUUCCGUAUUUGUUCUAUUUUUGAAAACUUACUAGAGCGUGACUCCGUACUGUAUUCUUUUAUACUGGUAGUGUAAACGUGCCACUUAUAGGCUGUUUACACUCGACUAUGUAGAGGAGUUAAGUUCAUGUUUAUUCUACUCUCCAUUUAACAUUUUGUGGUCUAGAAAAAGCCACUUGCAGAAUUUUGCGAGCUUGAAUAAAAGUCACUCGCAAUUUGCAAAUGUCACUCGCAUUUUGCGAGUAUGCGAGUCUAAAUUCGAACCAUGAACAGUGAAAGUUUCAGGAACACUGAAAGACCGGUAACAUGUUUUAAUAAGUACCAUGUCAAAACCGCUAAAUUAUUGAACUGCCAGACCUCUAUCAUAUGUUAUCUGAACAAAACUACAAUGUGAGCAUGCAUUGUUUUACUGAUUUUGCUUUUUUGAAUUAUUGCUUUUUUUGUUCAUUUUUUAAACUUUAUUAUUGUCCAUAGUUAAUGUUUCUAAGAUAUUGACUAAAAAAAAUGUAGAUUUUUUUUUAUAUAUCAUAUUUAGGGGAAAUCCAGUGCACCGGAACCUUAAUACUGGCUGCAACAUACUUAUUGCCCUUUUUUAGCUCACCUGAGCACGAAGUGCUCAAGGUGAGCUAUUGUGAUCGCCAUGUGUCCAUGGUAGUCAUCCAUCCGUCAUCAACAAUAUGACUGUUAACACUCUAGAGGUCACAAUUUGGGCACAAUCUUAAUGAAACUUGGUCAGAAUGUUACCCUCAUUACAAUCCUUUACAAAUUCGAUAUUGGGUAAUCUGGGGUUAAAAUCUAGGUCACCAGGUCAAAUUAAAGGAAAAGCUUGUUAACACUAUAGAGGUCACAUUUAUGACUAUAUCUUCAGGAAACUUGGUCAGAAUGUUAAUAUUGAUAAUCUCUAGGUCAAGUUCGAAUCUGGGUCAUGUGCGGUCAAAAACUAGGUUACCAAGUCGAAUCAUAGGAAAAGCUUGUUAGCACUCUAAGAGGUCACAUUUAUGACCCAAAGUUCAUUGAACUUACUCAGAAUGUAUAUAUUGAUAAGCUCUAGGCCAGGUUCGAAUCUGGGUCAUGUGCGGUCAAAAACUAGGUCACAAGGUCAAAUUUAAGGAAAAGCUUGUUAACACUCUAGAGGUCACAUUUAUGACUGUAUCUUCAUGAAAGUUGGUCAGAAUGUUUAUAUUAAUAAUCUCUUAGUCAAGUUUGAAUCCGGGUCAUGUGUGGUCAAAAACUAGGUCAUAAGGACAAAUCAUAGGAAAAGCUUGUUAACACACAUUUAUGACUUUACUUUCAUGAAACUUAGUCAGAAUGUUUGUUUUGAUUAGCUCUAGGCCAAGUUCGAAUCUGGGUCAUGUUCAGUCAAAAACUAGGUCACCAGGUCAAAUAAUAGGAAAAGCAUGUUAACACUCUAGAGGCCACAUUUAUGACCAUAUGUUCAUUCUGAACUUGAUCAGAAUGUUAUUCUUGAUGAUCUUUUGGUAGAGUAUUGAAACUGGGUAAUCAGAGGUCAAAAACCAGGCUACUAGGUCAAAUCAUAGAAAAACUUUGUAAACACUGUAGAGGUUUCAUUCUCUCUUUGAUCACCAUGAAACUAUGACAUUUCAAAUUCUCGUAAACUGUAAUACCCUCAACUAUAAUAUUUAACAUGUACACAUUCCCUCCCCCUGUCUCAAUUGCCCUCGCCCUGAAAAAACUUCACUCUUGAAUUGGAUCAGGUAAGCGAUACAGGGCCUUCAGGGCCCUCGUGUUUAAAAAAAAUGGUGGGAGCAUCACUCCAAAAGCCUUAAGUUUUAGGUAUUGACUCCAAACUUCAGACUCAUACAACUAGUAUUUAAUAGAUUUGUGCAGUCUACAAGAACCAUUAUACUAGCUGCAGUUGUUUUAACCAGGUUUUCACAUAGUGAAACCUGGUUAUUAGAAUGACGAACGUCGUUGUUUGGGCGGGCGGGCAGUCGGGCGGCGUCAAACUCACCAAUAAAACUGAAUAACUUUAGUAAGGGUUGACAUAUCUUGACCAAACUUGGUCUUUAGAAAGAGUUUAUGGGUACCUUUCAUGGGAUUGCAUUUGGGGUCCCUAGAGUCAAGGUCAAGGUCACUGUUAUUAAAAAUAGAAAAAUGGUUGAAACUGAAUAACUUUAGUUUGCGUGGACAUGUUUUGACUAAACUUGGUCUAUAGGAAGAGUCUAUGGAUACCUUUUAUGGGAUUGCGAUUGGGGUCCCUAGGGUCAAGGUCACUGUUACUCAAAAUAAAAAAAUGGUUGAAACUGAAUAUCUUUAGUUAGGGUUAACAUAUCUUGACCAAACUUGGUCUAUAAGACUUUUAAGAAGAGUUUAUGGAUACUUUCAUGGGAUUGCGUUUGGGGUCCCUAGGGUCAAGGUCACUGUUGCUAAAAAUAGAAAAACAGACACAGGCUGAAGUUCUUCUGUCAAUCAUUAAAAACCUGGUUUCGUCGCAUUGCGUUUCUUGUUUUUAAUUAUUACCCUUUGUUCAAUUUCCAUCCUCCAACUUAAUGUGAAGGACUGGUACUUUACUUCAUUUGGUUCAGGAUAUGGCAGUCUGUGACUGCUCUUGUUUGUAGAGCUUUAUAAACUGACAGUUACUGGUAUCUUACAAAAUCAUGUGCUGCCUGAUGCAAAUAACCUUGAUGUAAAUUAUAGCUGCACAUAAACUUGUAGCACACAGUCCUAAGUCUGAACUGUCUAUAUGCUAUAACUUUUUGUCUUUUAAUGAUUUAUAAAAGGAAGCUGAAACCCGGUGACAUAAUUAUAUUAUUUCGAGAACUCUUGAUUGUUUCACAUAUAACUUUUUUUUCUUUUUUUUUUUCAAAAUAAAAAGUUAGGCGUCUGAUUGUCACUCUUGUAUCUGUGACCUAGAAUUGGUCCCAAAUCAUACUCUAUCAUUGGAAACAAUGGAUCAAGCCAUUUUGAACAUAAAUGCAAUCAGAUUAAAACUCUAUAAAAAUGAUUAAACUAAAUGGUAAAAAAGACCCACAAGCUGCAUUUUGAUGUUUUAGUGUACUUAUUAAACAAAGAAUACAUAAUCUAAAGCUUUAUUUUGUGUAUUAAGAGGUAAUAUUUUAACGAUAAUUUUGAUUUAGCUGAAUUACAAAUGAUUUUAUGCUGUUUUUGUACACAUUUUAAGCUCGACUAUUCAAAGAAUAAUGAGGGCUUUACUACUUGCCCCAGCGUUGGUGUCGGCGUCCAGUUAAAGUUUUAGGGCAAGUUGUGAUUUUCACUAAUAACUUCAAUACUCUUCAUUCAAUUCACUUAAUACUUCACACAGUUGUUCAGGGACAUCACCUAAUGAGGUUAGAUUACUCCAUGUUAUCCUUUGUACAAAUUAUGGCAACUUGGUGUAUAUAAAGAGUUUAUGGAGACCUUUCAUGGGAAUGUGUUUGAGGCCCCUUAGGAUCAAGGUUAAGGUCAAAGUUACUGUUAAUAGAAAAAUGACUGAUAUUAAAUAAGUUAAGUAAGGGUCUACAUAAAUUAUUGUGACCAAACUUGGUAUAUAGGAAGAGUUUAUAGGGGCCUUUCCUUAGAUUGUGUUUUGGGCCCAAGUGUUAUGGUCUAGGUCGAGGUCACUGUUGCUAAGAACAGAAAUAUGGUUAGUACUGUAUAACUCAAGUAAGGGUUGACAUAGUGUAACCAGACUUGGUAUAUACACAAGUUUAUGCAUAGCUUUCAUUCGAUUGCCUUUUUGCCCCCUAGGGUCAAAGUCACUGUUACUAAAAAUAGAUAACUGUUUGGAAUUGAAUAAUUUUAGUUAUGGUUGACAUUCCUGUGACCCUACUUGAUACAUAGGAAGAGUUUAUGAAGGACUUCCAUGGGAUUGUGUUUGGGGCCCUCAGGAUCAAGGUCACUGUUACAAAAAAAAAGCAGUUUAAACUGAAUCUCUUUUGCCAAUCAUUAAAAGUCGGCGGCAGUGGUGGUCACGUCCCGUUUUCACUUAUCUGGGGCAUAUCUCAUAAACUAUAAGUGGUAUCAACUUGAAAUUUCAUAUGUAGAUAUAUCUCAUUGAGGGCAAGUGCAGUGCAAAAGUACUGUUACUCUUGCUUCCAUAUUUUUAGAGUAAUCGCCCUUUGUUAAUUUUCAUGCUUAAAGUUUUGUCUGGGGCAUAUCUUGUAAAAUAUAAGAGUUAUCAACUUGAAACUUCAUAGCUAGAUAGAUCUCAUGGAGGGCAAGUGCAGUGCAUAGAACUCUUGCUUCUAUAUGUUAAGAGUUAUUGCCCUUUGUUAAUUUUCAAGCUUAAAAUUUGAAAGGGGCAUAUAUAGUAAACUGUAAGAGGUAUCAACCUGAAACUUAAUAGGUAGAUAGAUCUCAUUGAAGGCAAGUGCAGUGCAUAAGAACUGUAACUCAUGCUUACAUAUUUUUAGAGUUAUUGCCCUUUGUUAAUUUUUAUUGUUAAUUUUUGUCUGGAGCAUAUCUCAAAAACUAUAAGAGUUAUCAACUUGAAACAUUAUUGGUUGAUAUAUCUUAUUGAGGAGGAAUGCAGUGCACAAAACUGUAUCUCUUGCUUCCAUAUUAGAGUUAUUGCCCUUUGUCAAUUUUCAUGUUUAUCUUUACCUUUGCAUUUUUUGUCCGCGGCAGUUCAAAUGCCACUUACACUUGAAAGUUAAAUGGCAACAUCAUUGUCUAUAAAUGAAUAAAAUGCCAAUCUAACAGCUAUAAUGUCGACAGUAAAUAAUAAUAAUUUUUGAGAAUACAGCCACAUUGCAUUUAUUAAUUCUGAGAUUUUGCUUUUGAUUUUCGACAAUACUCGUUGUAUCUUCAUCACAUGAUAAUUAAGAUAACUUGAUCUGUAUUACCCAAUUUUGGGUUGAAAUUCAAUUAUAAUACCACCACAAACGAAGUUUGAGGGGGUAUAUAGGAGUGAGCUUGUCGGUUGGUCGGUCUGUCGGUUUUCAUGGUUUUCAGACGAAGACUCAUGAAAUGCUUGACAGAUUUGAAAAAAAUUUGGUACACAGGUGUAACAUCAGAAGAUACAGGUCAAGUUCGAUAUUGGGGCUGGUGGGGCCAAGGUCAAGGUCACUGUUACUAAAAAUAGAAAAACGGAUUCCGGACGAUAACUCAUGAAAGGCUUGACAGAUUUGAAAAAAAAUUUGGUACACAGGUGUAACAUCAGAAGAUACAGGUCAAGUUCGAUAUUGGGGCUGGUGGGGCCAAGGUCAAGGUCACUGUUACUAAAAAUAAAAAAAUGGUUUCAGGACGAUAACUCAUGAAAGGCUUGACAGAUUUGAACAUUUUUUGGUACACAGGUGUAACAUCAGAAGAUACAGGUCAAGUUCGAUAUUGGGGCUGGUGGGGCCAAGGUCAAGGUCACUGUUACUAAAAAUAGAAAAAUGGUUUCUGCUUCAUAACUUUAAUUGGGCAUGGGAUAUUGUGAUGAAACUUGCUGUAUAGGCAGCCUCUGUGAAGACAAUGCUUGUGAUUGAAAAUGGGGCCAGUGGAGUAAAGGUUUUAGUGCACUGUUAAGAAAAUAGAAAAAUGGUUUCCGGACAAACAAUACAUGCAUGAUAAAAGAAGAUGCAGUGUGCAGUAACCUUGGAGUUAUGGCCUCUUUUCAAAGGAAUGGUUUGCCAUUCCUGUGUUCAGGCGGCAUUUGGGGGUAUUCGUCACUCCUGUGACAGCUCUAGUUUUUUUAUUGAUUCUAGUAUGAUCUGCCUGAGGUUCAUUCAUGUGUCUAGAUAACUGUUUUGGUGCACUUAUGAUAUAUUUUAUGAUUAUUUGAUUGAGAUUAUGAUAUAACCAACAUUGAACUAUUUACAGUUCUUUUUAUGAAGUGUUCUUUUUUUAAUUUUAUGUUAUUACAGUGGGAAAAAAUAAAUUGUGCGUAAUAUG